UAUAUAACCCAGCAGCGCGCGCGCUUGAAGCAGACGAGAAAUGGUAAGAAUUAUAUUGAUUAUUAAAAACAAACAACGAAUUAAAAAGUUUGAAUUUACUGAGAAAGAAACGAAAUAAAUUUAGAAGUAAAUUUUUUUUGUGUGUUUUUGUUUUUGGAUUUUAAAAAAAAGUGAAUUGAUAGUAUUUUAGAGUUGUCUUUGAAUUUUUAGAAAUAUAAUACGCUUCACGUAAGAUUAAUUUUAAAACAAUUUAACUAGAUCUAGAAAAUAUAAUAUGAAAUUUUUGAAAAAUUCGUUUGUCCUUGACCCGGAAAUGGUUUAACGUAAAACUUCCUCGUUUGAAAAGGGAAACAUUGUACAGUUAUAAAAACAAUUUGUCAAGAACAAGAACUUAAAAAGGGAAACAAGGAACAAGGAAACGGAAGUGACUAUUUUUAGAAACAACUGCCAACAAGAUGUCUACUGUCAAGAAACUGCCUCGCUACGAAUUGUGACACGCGCCAUACACUGUGAUACAAGGACAAACACAUAUUUAUUUAUUUAUUUUGUUAUUUAUUCCAUCAUAUAAAACUUUUUCUACACCUGUUUUUUUAUAUUUUUGAAUUGCCCGGGAAUCUCAAAUUGUGAGGGAGUAGCAAAGAGAAGUUUUUCUUCUCGGCUCUCGUCUGCAAUACUCAGGACUUGUUGACUUCCGUAACUAAGAAAGUCUUAAGAAACUUCUUUCGUCAAAGAGCGUCCUCAAGGAAACACUAGAUCUAAAAACUAUAUCUUAAAGAAAAAAAAAACGAAACGAAAUUUUAAUAUUUAUUUAUUAUUCAAAGUCCAUUCUUCUUGAAAUCAAAGGUGAAAAACAAUAUUUAAUUCUAAUUCCUACGAUAAGCAGCCACCGCUCCACUCAAAAACUUUCUCACAAUGAGGACAUCAACGUUGAUAACUUGCCUGCUGGUUGCAGUUGUGGUCCUUGUGUCUCAAACACAAGCCAAUAAACAAAGCGAGCGCAAGAGACUAGCACAGAUGUACAAUGCACUAAAGUCAUCCUUAAAGAAAAAAGAGCCGAAAAGACAAUGUUCCGGGUUCGCUUGUGUCUACACACAUUUAUCACACACCGGUAAAUCAAAGCAAGCGAAGCUAAGAGAGUAUCUCAGAGCAUGUACAAUGGAUCCCGAUUGUUCCUUAGGUAGAAGACGGCGAAGUAUAGAGUCCAGGUCAGGGUCAAGUCUUUUAUCCAAGUUGCUAUUGCGGCGCGGACCGUCUUAACGCCGGCCCCGCUCACGGCGCCAUCUCAAAAGGUUCUGGGGUCACGUCAAUACCAAUGACGUCUAUGUCGCGGUGCUGUUGCUUUACCACCAAAUAAACAACACCAAGUUAUUCUCUA